AUGGAAUCCAUCACCAACUGUCUUCUCCUCCUAAUGAAGCAUCAAUUGUCUCAUGAACCGUGGGCGUGGUCAUCUAUCCAUAUAUAUCAAAAGAUACGGUGUCUUUUGAAGAGACGCAGAAUCGGGCGUCAGAGGUGCCUCGUUUUCCUGCCAACCACAUUCCAAGUGGCUCCUACCGCCCCUCCCACCAUCCCAUCCACCUCGUUUCUCUUCUUCAUUUUCAACACUACACACUCUUUUCCAACAGUAGUUGAGAGGCCACCAGUGCUCUUCCAUCUGAUGCUCAUACCUUCCACGUCAUCUUCCACGUCAUCUUCUGCUCCAUCCUCAUCCUUAUCAACGAUUUCUGAAUCGUCGUCUCUAGGUAUUGGGGAUCAGAACAUUCUACCGCAUUAUCAUCCUCUUCAUCACCAUCUAAUUAACGAGAACGACAUGGAAGCGGCCAAUUAUGCACAGGUCAUCAAACCAACAUGCGAAGCUUUCCAAGAUUGGUCCGUCUACCCCCAACCUCAAAUUCAUUUUAUGCUACCACCACAACAUGAAUUGAAUUGGGGACAUGCUCAUCUACCUCCAUACUUUCCCCACCAUCAAUCCCUCACAGCUCCUUCAUCCGCUGCCGUCACUGCUGCCACCAUCGCUUCCCAAUCUACAGUACUCCCGCAGACGUCAGUGGUCACAAGUACACCUUCAUGUCCAGUGAAACAAGAAAUCGAAAGGCCUGAAAUUAUUCAAAGGUUGAUGCCUCCAUGGACUCCAUACCCUUUCUCUUGUGACGAUAAUGUUGGAGCAGGAGCGAAUCAACAGCCACUUUCUGAUAUAUCAGAUGAUAGUGAGCAAACGUGUCCGGAUGAUUUGGAGGGAUUUGCGAAGCAGUUCAAACAGAGAAGGAUUAAGUUAGGAUACACUCAAGCAGACGUUGGUGUUGCUCUCGGAACCCUUUACGGUAACAUCUUUUCCCAGACGACAAUCUGUCGGUUUGAAGCGCUUCAACUCUCUUUCAAGAACAUGUGUAAGUUGAAACCACUUUUGUUUAAAUGGCUCGAAGAAGCCGAUUCAACCACUGGGUCUCCAAAUUCGACAUUCGAGAAAAUGACAGGACAAGCUGGAAGGAAAAGAAAGAAGAGAACAAGCAUUGAGGUUAACGUAAAGUCUCGUCUCGAAUUUCACUUUCAAGCCAAUCAGAAGCCAAACGCGCAAGAGAUUGCUCAGGUUGCUAUGGAAUUGCAGUUAGAGAAAGAGGUUGUUCGUGUUUGGUUCUGCAAUCGCCGUCAAAAAGAGAAGCGUAUCGCUCCGAACCAAUACGAUGGUCCCCAUCCGAUGGCUCUGAACAACGGAUAUCCAAUGACUGCUGACCUGUUUCCUUAUCAGGCAGUUGUCAAUCAUUACGCCCAACAGAGUCCAGCGGAGCCUAAAAUGCAAUCCUGGCACGCCGAUGAGUCUCUUGUCACACCUCUCUCUUCUCAUUCUGCCACUAAUUUAUUCGCUAAAAAGAGAAGAAGCCCGCGCACCUUCGUAAACACAACACUCACUUCUCUUCUUCGCUCUACCGUAAUCUUGUCGCCGAAACCCACCCACCCCAGGAGACCACAUAAAAUGGAGAAGACAAAAAACACAAAAGAAGACAGUUCAAAAGCACAAAAGGAAGAUUACGAAACGAAAAAAGAGGAUAAUACAGAAAGCGAAGUGGAGGGGGAGACGAUGAAAAUAUAA